UCACUCAGUCGCAGCCACGAUUCCGGCCUGUUAUAAACCCGGUGCACAGCAGUCUGCAUCGUCAGUUUGCAAGGGGUUCAGAGGCGCGCGGGUCUGCCCAGCUAACCUCUUCGUCCACUCGCUCGAGGGUGCAUCUCCUGGCCAACAACACGUGCGAUGACCAUGUCCUGUUGACCUCUAAUCGCGCCCAAGUUCGACCUCAGUGCGAAAGUGAGCCAGUCAGCCAAAAAACAAAAAAAUAGAUUUUCUACGAUGGAUGCCAGAAAGUGUGCUAACAAUAAGUUGAGAUACUAUUCCGUCAGUGCUUUGUGCGUCCUGCUCCUGAUAGAGCGAGCUGGUGGGUUACAAAUCACAGACCUGAAGGUGCCACAGCUAGUGAAGAAUAGUUCAGGAAGGCCUGUGGUACUUGACUGCGAGUACACCCUGGCACAGAAUGAGGAGGGUGAAGGCCUGGUUGUCAAGUGGUUCUUCAACUCGCAGCCAGCCCCCGUCUAUCAGUGGAUCCCAGGAAAGAAACCUCAGGACCUCGGCAUAUUGAAGGGCCGACUGAACCUGGAGUACCAAGCAUCGAGCCACCCUUCUCAGGCUCACAGGGCCCUGCAGAUUAUCAGCGCAACGAGCGAGCUCUCCGGAGAAUACAAAUGCUCUGUAUCCACUUUCAAUGAUGAAGACUUCAUGGUCAAGCGGAUGCUCAUCUUUGCCCCGGAGAAGCGGUUCGAGGUGUGGCAGAGCCGCGGUCCUCGCGAAGGCCUCGUGAACAUCAGCUGCCUCGCCACGGGCGCCUUCCCCGAGCCCAAGUUGUCACUCUACCCGGACAGUGGCACCCUGGAAGAUGUAAAGAUAGAGACGCGAUCCCAAAAAGGCUCAUACGACGUGCUUGCCAGCACAGUCAUUGAGUAUCCGCUUGAACCAACCGUCUUCCACUGCGAGCUGCGUAUCCCAGAGGCGCAGUACGAGAUAAAAAAGAACUUCGUCUACUAUCCUGGGAGUGCCGAGCUGAGUGCUGAGAGUGGGUCCAGAAGCCUGAGCAGAGUGUCGUCAGCUAGCGUCGCAAUGUUAAGCGCCGUGAGCACCGCCAUAGUGUCCAGCCGCUGGUGCUGAACGGAUUCAAUUAGAAAAUUGCUGCUGAACGCGCAAAAAUGAAUGGGAGAGAGAGAGAGAGAGCGAAAGAGAGAACGACAGAGAGCGAGCGAGAGCGAGAGCACAGCAUCCAUUAACUCUGCGAGAUUCUACCGUAGUCAGCAUUAUGAAGUCAGGGGCCUUUCCUAAAAUGUAAAUUGGACAAGCGAGCAGCCACCACCGAGACGAGCGCAAUUAUUUAGCGAAACACCUCUGCAACACACUCACACACACACACAAAGGCGGCCGACCGACGACUAAGUGCAAAGUUCGCAGUGUUUGUCAGGAAAAAUGAGAUAUAUAUACAUUGUAUCAGAAUUCGUAAAGCUGAAUGUGAGAAGAGACGCGGACACAGUGAAAAUACUCGGAUAAAUUUUCAAAGCAGGGUAACUGUCUUUUUUGUCUUUGAAUAUGUGGAGCGACGCAAGAAUAUAAGAGCAAAGAGUGAGAAUCGAGAAAAAUCAGUGUUCAUAUUUCAUGAGACGAAUAUUAUGUAUUGUUAAAAAAAAAGUAAAACGGCGAAUCUAUGAUAAUGUUUAAGGGGAAGAGAGUGCUGUCACUGAAUUUCGAGCUGCUAACUUUCUUUUCGAGACCUCGUGUAGUUGUUAAGAAGAGCUUCUUCAAAACCUGAUACCAAAGGACCAGAGGAGAAACUUGCGCUGAUUUGUUAUAUGUUUUGUUGCUUCCAGUUCUCGUUUCGAACCGAAAAUUACAUAUAUAUACUAGCUUUUUUGUCCUUUCUCAGGAGUGUGGCGAUAUUUUGUGAUGGACCUUGUACAUAGGAAAAAAUGUUGAGUGCAGACGCGAGAGAGAAACGCUGUGAAGCAAAUAUAGGGGCGGUGACGUUUUUUCGAAUUUGAAUCUUCUGAGUGUGAAAUAAACCUAUUCAGCUGGAAAAAAAUCAGGGGAAGAAAAUAAUUUCUUAUAUCUAAAGAGAGGGGGGUUGCUAAAGUCAAAUUUGAUCGUGAUAUAGUGGGAUUGUACACUUUGAAAACUUCAUUAUUAUGAUUAUUAUCGAUGACUGUUUACCAGAAUUAUGAUAUUUUAAUUAAUGUACAUAGCUCUAUUUAUAAAAAAAACCGAAACCAACAAACAUCGUGGGUUACACCAUUCCCUACUUAUGAUUAACUCGCUACAGAAUUUAAGAGCACAGUGUGCUAAUUAAUUAUUAGACCACAAAUCAGCAGAAUCCUUAUAGUGAGCAAAAAAGAGAAAAAAAAUCGAGAAAUAGCCGAGUCAGUGAAUAAUUCAUCCUGAAAUCACAGCAACCAUCACACUCACGACACACACCCAACGUACCACUGUUUCAACCUUUUGCAAGAAAUAUUUCACAACGUAUUACAUAGGUGACCAUUUAAUUGAGCCCACAGUUAACCAAUUUAUAAUUAUUGAAAUACAUAAAUGUGAAAACUGUUGGUGAUAAAGACAUUCCAUGUUGCUUUUUGCCGUUGAGACUCUUCACGCAAUUUAAAUGUUGAUCAAUUUCAUCAAUUUGCCGUUUGUAAUUGAUAUUUUAUGUUGUACUAAAAACAAUUCGAAAUAUCUAAAAUUGCUUCAUUUUAAGUGUUUGAAUUCAUUUCAACAACGAAAUUUCAUACAUCAGGACACAUCCAGAGAUAUUGUGAAGUUUUGUAUCUAUCUGAAAUAAUGUGGUAAAAAUCUUACGAGAAUUGAA